AUGGAUAUAUCGCGAUUAGACGAGGAAGCCUUUGCAGCGGCAUCGAGCCAGGUAGCUGCGAUGUUGAGACGGUCGGAUCAGCUCCAGAAGCUGGAACAGUACCAGCAGUUGGCUGUCAGGAAGAGGGUAAUAUUGCAGUGUUUUUCACUGUUUUUAUCUUUUGCUUUUGCACAGGCUGCGGUAGAAGCCAUGCUGAAAACAACGGUUCAGUCACAGCUUGAAGGAGUUAGAAAUGGAUUGAGUCAGCUGUAUUCUGUCCAUGAAGACGUUAAGAUGAUAGAGACAGCAUUGAAGGAUGUUCUCGAGCAGGCUAACUUCUUUACUCAAGUUCAAAUAAAGUUAAAGACAUUAAAAGAGCAGAACAACGUCCAUGUUCAGUGCUCCUCAGCAAUGGAGAAUCUUCAUGCCAUAUAUCACAUCCAGGAAACUAUAGAAAACACAUACGAGUUGCUUAAGGAUAGCAAGCUACUGCACGUGCACAAAAAUUUGAUGGAACUGGAAAAUGCAAGGGAUGACGUAAUGUUUGAAGUAUUCAAGUCUCGUGUCGAUAGUCAUUACGAUCAGAAGAUUCUGGCGGAUUAUUUUGCGGAAGUAGCAAAGUUGGUCGAAGAAUUAGGGAAGCAGCUAUGGUACAUCGUCAGCAGAACCUUAGAAGCAGUAAGAGGAGCAGACCCUGGUCCUCAGCAACUCGUUACUGCUUUGAGAAUCAUCGAACGAGAAGAAAGAAUCGACCAAUUUCACAAAGAAAGACAAAUCUCCACUGGAUUUUUGCCCUUAGGGCGACCAAGACGUUGGAGGGAAAAAUGCUUCAAUGUUUUAGAAAAUGUUGUUUGUCAAAGGAUCGAAGGAAAUCAGCUUGAGGAUCGGUCACUGAACAAACAGUGGUUAGCGCGAUAUUUGGAAUUAUGCCGAAUGACCGUUCUGCAAGAUUUGCGGGUUAUCAAGGUGAGCAACGUUGCACUGAAGCUGUUGUUCUGCCGGUGGUUGUACAUCGUGUUUUCCACCAGACUGAAUGAAAUUGCAAGUGACACUCUUGAAAAGAACGAGUUGCUGCAGCUUUUAAAUUGGGUCCGUUUAUACGGGUUUGUAGAGUGGUACGAAGGAGCAGCUCCAGAAGCUGACAUGAAUGGUCACUAUUACACGCCACUGCCAUCGAUUUUGUUUCAAAUGAUCGAUGACCAGACAUGUUUUCGUUUCCGCAGGGGUUAG